AUGUAUUCGCAACACUCCGCAAUGGCGCCUCAGAAGCCCGAAACAUUCAUGUUGAGCACUGAGGCCCAGCAAGCUCUCCCUCAUGAUGCCCAGGUCGCUCUGCAACAAGUCGACAACUUGAAGUACUUCCUGAUCUCUGCCCCUGUUGACUGGCAACCCGAUCAGUACAUUCGCCGAUUCCUGCUGCCCACAGGUGAAUAUGUCUCAUGCAUUCUCUGGAACAACCUCUUCCAUAUUUCUGGCACAGACAUCGUGCGAUGUUUGUCCUUCCGAUUCCAGGCUUUCGGCCGACCUGUCAAGAACUCGAAGAAAUUCGAGGAGGGUAUCUUCUCUGACUUGCGAAACCUCAAGUCUGGAACUGAUGCUUCUCUGGAGGAGCCCAAGAGCGCCUUCCUCGACUUCCUCUACAAGAACAACUGUAUCCGAACUCAGAAGAAGCAAAAAGUCUUUUACUGGUACAGCGUCCCCCAUGAUCGCCUGUUCCUUGACGCGCUGGAACGCGACCUCAAGCGGGAGAAGAUGGGCCAGGAAGCCACCACUGUUGCUGUCAGCGAACCAGCACUGUCUUUCCAGUACGACUCAUCUCAGUCGCUCUACGAGCAACUGACAAAGGCUCAACAAGCCAACUCAUCAUCCUUCAGCGCCCAGCAAUCUGCUUUCUCCCAAAGUCAGUCCACAUCUCCCGUCAUGCGAGCGAUGGACUCGAUGCCUCCUCCCCCGACAAUGAUGCCCCAGUCCAUGGCCCCUUUGGCGGAGGGGAUGGACGCAAUGGUACCUUAUGGAACGAUGGCGGUGCCUCACCCGAUGCACCAAGCUGUCCCCGUCAAGAGGGAACCUGAUUUCACCCGUGUUCAGUAUAACCAGAACGGUAUUCCUAUCACGACAGGCCACCAGCGCCACGCUUCAAUGCCCGCAUACGCUCUCGAGUACUCACCCGCCCCAUCAUUUGUCUCCUCACAGUACGAAGACUACAGCAACCGAGGAAUUUCCUUUGAACCCAUCACGCCUCCGCAACAGGCGUUGGGUAUCUCUGCUGAACCUGCGUACAUCGCCAACGAGGAGACCGGCCUGUACUCCGCCAUCCCAGAUCAUAUGGCUAGCAUGAACGGACUCAAUGGCAUGGUUCAACUCCCUCCAUCCAACUUGGCUGGCCCCCAGUUCUCUCGUCCCUAUGGUACAAACAACGUCUACUCUGUGAUCGAAGGUUCGCCGACAUAUAAGCAGAGAAGACGGCGUUCAUCCAUCCCCCCAUCUAUGUCGGCGAUCGCACCCCCAACUGCCCCUUCUCACCCAGCACACUCGCAUGUUCGUCGGCCUUCUGAUCUCAGACGAUCUGUCUCCGCUUCUGUUGGUCCCGUUGCCGAAGGUGAUGAGUCUGCAGACAACUCACCUCCCGGACUGUCUUACAGCACCUCUGGCAUGUCAAUGAACAGCCACCACCAGAACAUGUCCCGACACGGAACGCCAUUGUCUACCGUGGAAGGAAGCCCCGCCACCAAUUCUAUGGGUCUCCAUCAGGAUUUCUCUCACCUCGCUGGUGAUGAAUACAAUGGCGACGGUUCAAUGAGCGAGCAACGACGAUCUGCACCUGCCUCCAACGGUGCUGUCCGACGUGCCCGUUCCGCUACUGUGAUGGAAGUUGGCCCUUAUCCCCAGAAGUCCCACUCUUGCCCCAUUCCUACCUGUGGCCGUCUCUUCAAGCGUUUAGAACAUCUUAAGCGACACGUUCGAACACACACACAAGAGAGACCCUAUGUUUGCCCUCACUGUAGCAAGGCCUUCUCACGAUCCGACAAUUUGGCACAACACAAGCGCACACAUGGUCGCGAAGACGGCGGGGACGGUUCACUACACAUGUCUGGCGACGAAGAGGAGGACUUCUCCGGUGACGACCAUCUUGGCUCAUUGGAAGAGGCCUCUCCUCACUCUGACAGCGCUUACGUGACCGGCUCCCUGAACGUUGCCGCUCAUGGCUCGACUCCUCCCUCAAGCAACGCACCCACACAAUCCUUCAACAGUCUCGAAACCCUUAGCAUGCCCAUGACAAUGAGCCAACCGGCUGCUAUCAACGCUAGCGGCAUGAUGUAA